CGGGAUUUUUUUUAAAGUUGACUAUGUGCCUGGAAUGUCGAUUUCAUAACUUUGUGCAUGCUUGUCAAAACAAAAGUCUGUCUCUUGAGGUUGUAGUGUUCGGGUCACAACCUUAGCAAGUACACCAUUUCAACACACAUAAGUAAAGCUUUGAUCUGAUAGAUCUGUACAUUACACGCCGCUCAGUUCAAGCUGUUUCCUAACGUUGAGACGCCAGAGGAGGAGGAGGCACCGCUGACAUCAUCCGUUGCUCUCUCGACUCUGCAAAUCACCACCGGUAGUGUCCCGAUUAGUGUUGAGGAGGAACGUUUACAGAGGCUCACGUACUCCGAUGUGAAUGGUAUUUCUCGGCGGCAACCAGAAUGGAGAUGCAAGAAAUGUAAGACCCUGGAUUACUGAAGAGCCUAAUGACAAAUCCACGAUAUGGAAGCUCACGGAAAUUAGUGAAUCAUCACAGUGCCGGUCCUUGAAGCUUCCUGAGAAUCUUGAAGUGACUAAGAUAUCUAGGUUAAUAUAUACGAACUCUGGUAAUGCCAUCUUAGCAUUAGCAUCAAAUGCUAUUAACCUGCUUUGGAAGUGGCAAAGAAACGAACACAAUUCAAGUGGCAAGGCAACAACCAGUGUUUCACCUCAAUUGUGGCUACCUUCAAGUGGCAUCUUAAUGAUAAAUGAUGUGCACGAACCAAAUCAUGAGGAAGCUGUCUCCUGCUUUGAUUUGUCCAAGAAUGACUGGUAUUUGAUGUCAGCAUCUGGUGGAAAGAUAUCCUUGUUCAACAUGAUGACAUUCAGGACAAUGAUAACUUUCAUGCCUCCACCUCCAGCAGCAACUUAUGUUGCGUUUUAUCCUCAAGAUAACAAUAUUAUCGCUAUUGGCAUGAAUGAUUCUACCAUCCAGAUAUGUAACGUCCAAGUGGGUGAGGUUAGAAGCAAGCUUAGAGGCCACUCUAAACGGAUAACUGGCCUCGCCUUCUCUCAUGUGCUCAAUGUGCUAGUUUCCUCAGGAGCUGAUUCUCAGCUGUGUGUAUGGAGCACCGUUGGGUGGGAAAUCCAGAGGGCUACAUCCUUGCAGCUAUGCGGGCGAUCAAUAUCUCAAUCAGAUACCAGAGUACAAUUUCAUCAGGAUCAAACUCAUUUCCUGGUUGUGCAUGAGGCACAGAUUGCAAUAUAUGAAACAACAAUGUUGGAAUGUUUAAAGCAGUGGGUUCCGCGUGGUCAUGCUGCCCCAAUUUCUCAUGUGACAUUCUCGUGUGAUAGCCAGCUGAUAUAUGCCAGUUUCUUGGAUGCAACUGUGUGCGUAUUCACUGCAGGGCACCUCCAUAUGCAAUGCCGUAUUAUUCCUUCAGCUUAUCUAUCACCCAGUAUUAGCAGUUCAAAUAUCCACCCAAUUGUAGUUGCAGCACAUCCAGAAGAUCCAAACCAGUUUGCAUUAGGUAUGUCUGAUGGUGGUGUUCAUGUUUUCGAACCACUUGAAUCUGAAGGCAAAUGGGGUGUCCCUCCACCACUUGAAAAUGGUUUUGCAAAUGGUUGGCCAUCUGCUCCAUCUAUUGGAGCUUAAGGCUCCGAUCAAGCACCAAGAUGACAAAGAAGCCAUUAGCAGACAGUCUUGUGUCUUGUUUAGUUAGAUCUUACCCAAAUUUCAGUUUCAGACUGGUCAAAACAUGCAGUGUACUAGUUACAGCUUAACAUCUUGACUUGGUUUUUACACCAACAUUAUGCUUUGGCCCUUGUGGUCUGGCCCUUUCCCGGACCCUGCGCAUAGUGGGGGCCUUAGUGCACCGGGCUGCCCUUUUUAUUAUGCUUUCGUUUGUGGUAAUCUAUUUACUACAGAACAUAAUUUA